AUGGCUCUCUCCCUUGCGCAAAACUGCGUACCCAGCGCCUUUAGCCCAUCCGUUUAUGGAACGGAAAUCCAGUCCUUGGAAGCAAACCUGAUUACCAACUACAGCGCAACAGUCCCUGCAGCAUUCCGCUACACUUCUCCAUCCGUUCAGCUCCAGAACGCUACUUUCUGUAACGUGACUGUUACGUACACACAUACGGGCCAGAAUGAAAACGUUGUAACAGAGGCUUGGUUGCCGAUGGAAUGGAAUGAGCGUUUCAUGGCCGUUGGCGGAGGGGGUUGGGUCGCUGGCCGCUUCUUUCUGAGCUACAAUGCUAUGCUGGGUGCCCUCGCCGAUGGAUUUGCAACCAUCACGACUGAUGCGGGCCUUGGCUCGGCAACGGAACCCAGUUCUUGGGCCCAGGUUAGCCGUGGCAAUGUCAACCUCUACAAUUUGCAAAACUUGGGAUCAAUUUCUCUGAACGACCAGGCUCUUAUCGGAAAGUCUUUGAUAAAAAGCUUCUAUGGACGAGCCCAAAAGUACUCCUACUGGAACGGUUGUUCCCAGGGCGGACGUCAAGGUCUCAUGGUCGCCCAGCGUUACCCAACCGCAUUUGACGGUAUUGCUGCCGGCGCCCCGGCAAUCAACUGGAAUAAGCUUGUCACGUUCGUACAAUGGCCGCAGCAGAUUAUGAAUGAGCUCGGCCAGUGGCCGUACAUGUGCGAGCUAGACGCCAUCACUCUGGCAGCUGUGUCUGCUUGCGAUAAGCUCGACGGUGUCAUCGACGGCAUCAUCUCCGACGUUGGGAAAUGCUUCGACGCCUUCGACCCCUUCUCUGUCGUCGGUGAAACAACUGCCUGCGCCCAGCUGAACGGUACCCAAAAGACCAUCACCAAGGCCGCCGCCAAUGUGCUCAACGCCACAUGGCAUGGUAGGAUCACCGCAGACGGCAAAAAGGACUACCAUGGAAUUCUACCUGGAUCCGACCUCACCGGAAACCUGCCGAAGUCUUUCGGUCAACCCGGUAUUGUCGCGACGGCCUGUACUGAGAAGGGCUGUACCGGAAUGCCAUCCAACCUCGGCACCUUAUGGUUUAAACUGUUUGUUGCCAAAAAUGCGUCUCUCGAUAUGACGAGUCUCACCCGUGAGGAGUUUGACGGGCUCGCCUACUCAGGCACUCAACAAUAUGCAUCGUUGCUUGAGACCAAUGACGCAGACCUGAGAGCUUUCAAGGCCGCCGGAGGGAAGAUGGUCACAUUUCACGGACUGGCUGACAAUGUCAUCCCCCCGGGCGGCACCGAGGACUACUAUAAUGCCGUAACAGACAUCAUACCCGAGGUCCACGACUUCUACCGAUACUUCGAGAUACCGGGGCUAGGGCAUUGCUUUGGUGGCGUGAGUGAGUCACCGACUGGACUCUUCCGACAACUGCGCGACUGGGUCGAGAAUGGCACUGCACCCGAGAACACGCCGAUCGAGGUUACUGUGAGUAACAUGAUACAUCACCGGAUUCUGUGCCCGUACCCGCAGACCUCGAUCUUCGGCCAAGAGUGCGGUGAUGCAUCCAAAAAUGAGUGCUGGCACUGCUCUGGUGACAAUCUAAUUUCGAGCUACACCAAGAGGCCUGCGCAGCCUUGGAACGAGUUGUGA